CUAGACAUCCGUGAUACGCAAACUUUGUCGUCCGAUUUUCCGGUGAAAUACGGUUCCGUUCGUUUACCAAACGCACUUACGUUGGAGUGGAAAACAUUGAAACUAAAAGCAUUGCGUGAUUGGAUUGAACGUGCAUUAUCGUCGCGAGAAAAAUAGGAAGCCAGCACAUUUCUUUUCCCCUCGACGAAAUAAAAUAAACAAUUCCAACGGAAAGGAAGACGCUGAGAAAAUACGUCACUGGCGAAAGAGGUCGUGAUUACUUUGUGCCAUCAUCAACAACACGGACGAAACGGGAGAGAAGAGUUUCACGGGUGCAUUAAAAUCGUUUUUGUGCGUGUUUGAUCGUCAGUUGUUGGUGCGUUACCGGGUUGUCCGUUAAUUGAUGUCCCUUCGUCGUCGCGAUUUAAGCCCCCCUCCGCGCGGGGGUGGCGGCGGCCGCGGGAGUCCACCAAGUAGCAAACUGCGCAUGGAUCGAAAUCCAAGUCGUGCGAAGAUUACCGAUCCAAGCAAUCCGGCGGGCAAGAGGAAGGAAAUUGACAAUGUAAUGAAGAAAGCUCGUGCAUUUCCCAACGAAACCUGGGACAAAAAACUGCUCGAGGCCGAAGAAAAGGAUCCUAACCGUUGGCGCCACACCGGUUACAAAAAAAUGUACAUUGAAGAUGACCCUAGCAGCUCCGAUUCGGAUCACGGCGGACGUGGCGGUUUGGGUGGUCGCUAUGGAAACGGUAGACGUAGCCGUUCGCCACGAUCACCGCGUCCAUCGCAUCGCCGCUCGCCGUCCCCACUGCCGCCCAUGCGUAAACGGCACAUUUCGCCACCUUCGCCGGGCCCGAUGCGCCGUCGGUCACCGUCGCCCGCAAUGAUGGGUCGUAAGCCACCGCCAAUGGAGCCUAAGCGCCGUCCACGAUCACCAUCACCGCCGUCACGUAUGGGGCGCAAAUCACCAAUGCGGAUGAUGCGCCGGCCAGCUUCACCCGGCGAUAUGCGCCGUCGGUCACCGCCGCUCGGUAUGGGUCCGGACUCACCACGCAGACCGCCUCGUCGUAUGUCACCCCACCAUUUGGGACCACCGCUAUCAAAGGGCGGCGGUGGUGGUGGUCGGCUUCCACCUGUGCCUCGCUCCAAGAGACCCCCUUCACCUCCUCCUAGGAUGAGUCGUUCGGCAUCGAUGAGCAGUUGUUCGGACGAUUCUUGCUCCGCCUGCUCCGUCGACGAUCACCGACGCCGUCGUCGUUCUAGAUCUCGGUCGUUCUCGCAUCCGCGUCCGCGUGCUCGUUCUCCGCCGCACAACAACGGUUCGAAAGGCCUCCGGCGCGAAGGCCUCGCGGGCAAUCAUGAAAGUCGGCUGCGCCCGAUGAGUCCCCCGCCGGUAGAUCCGCGCCGAAAGCAUCCACCACCACCGGUGGAACCAUUGUCGAAGGGUCAUCGAGGUCUCGAGAAGGAUCCACGUGAUCGUCCAUCCCGCUCGAUUCCACAGCCAACGAUUCCUGAACAGCGAGCACGUCGCCCACAGACACCGGACUCGGAUCGUGCCAUUUCGCCUCCAAAGCGAAGCUCUAAGCACACCAGCAAAAUUGUGAAUGCCGGUCCGCCGCCGGAAGAUUCACGUCCCGUAAAGGUUCGGUCAUCGAAGCAGCCACCACCGCCAGAAGUCCCGGCCAACGGGUAUGAAGCGGGCAGUUCAUCACAGACCGCCGGCACCAGCUCAUCUAACCCGGCUGGACACAAAAAGCACCACAAGGACAAGGGAACCGAGAAGUUACGCGCACGGGUCAAAAUUGAAGGUGAACCAAAGCAACGGGCCCGGCCCCGUUCGCCCUCCAGUGGUUCGGAGGAAUCAAGCAGCAGCGAAAGCUCGUUGCCACGGUUUACGGCCACCACGCGCAUGACACUUUCCGAGCGUUUCGGCAAGAUGGCACAGUGGAGCGUCGACCGAUCGAACAUGGAGAAUAUGCGUAUCACGAAGAAUUCGUCCGGUGGCGAUCUGAAGGUGAUGAUCGAGGAGGAUCUCGAAGCCCCACCAACUCGAUACACUUAUUCGCCGGCGCCGGCCGGACACUUCCCAGAGGAGCUUAUGACGACUGGACCUAGCGGACUGUCCUCCUGGGAUGACGUGCGUGUGCGAUACGAAUACUACAAAGGUCGUGGAUAUCUGCGUGACCUUGACCUACAGGACUACAUCAAGUGGGAGGAAUGGUGGUACAAGUACCAGGAAUGGCUAAAACAGGAACGCUACUACGAGCUGUGGGAGCGCUCUCAGAUGAACCGCCGUCGGAAGAAGCUUCCCAUUUCCCAGCGACUUAAUUAGGGAGAGGGUUUCGGAUUCUUUUGAUUUAAUCUCCAGGGCGUAAUGUUGGCGCUUCGCCAAUCAUUUCGUCCAGUUUUGUGAGUGCACUGUACCCGUGGGUUCAUCACGUAACUCACAUUUGUACCGUGUGCACACAGAAGAAGUGACAAAAUAACAAUGAUGUCUACCUAAUGUCCGAAUGACCGCCCAAUCGUGCAGCAUAGAUGUUAAUGUUGAUUUGAGUGUUGCAUCGUCGAUGCAUUUUUUUCAUUAUUUUCUAUUUAAUCCAUGUUUGACUUCUUUCAUCAGGCAAACGUAUUUUUGUUUAUGUUGCAAUACAGGGAGAACGGUUUGAGAAGUAGUAGAGUGUCAGCGAAUGAGCACAAUUCAUUUUAGGUAAAUUUUCAUAUUUGACUAAACUAAUAAGAAAAACGAAUUAACGUUUCGUUAUCAAGGUGGAAUCGAUUUAACAAACAUUGCGAAUCGGUAUGCUUUCUCAUGAUUACUGUCGAUGGUGUAAAAAAUAGUAGCCUCGAGGUGAAAUACAAAAUUUCGCAAAAGA